AUGUCCCUCUACUGUAUCAUGUUGGCCAAAACCAAGUUACAAGGCCAGUCUGUAGUCAGAGCAAAGGGCAUGGAUACAAAGAGGAGACUACCAAAAGAAGAACCAGUUAACAUGGUGAAGUUAAUGGCCAGGAACGUGCUUGAUGGCAUUUUUGAUGAUUUGAUGGAAAAUAAAAUGUUAAAUAGGUGUGAGUUACAAAGAUUAGGGGAAGAAGUGGACCACAUUGUGAACAGGGCUGGAGACCUGGUUGAUGAUCUCAUUGAGAAAACGCAAAUGGCAAGCAAAAUAUUUAAGGACCAUUUCUUCAACCUCAAGAAAAAACUGAGUUUAAGUAAUGUUUCUUGGAUACUUGACAUAAAUGGUUCUCUCUUCAUUUCCCAACUUAUCUACUACUUCAAUGAAUAUUCUUGGUGUUAUCAUUUGGAGGAGAUUUUUUGAAAGGUUCAACAUACAUUUGAGACCCCAAAUGUACUGACCCAGAUGCCCACGAUUGAAAGACUAUCCAUGACACGAUAUUUCUACCUCUUCCCUGGAACUAAAAUCAUGCAAAGCAUCCAGGAAAAUUAA